UUUUAAACUUUUUAACAUAAAGAAACCCUAGUGAGAGUCUAUGCAUCGUCGUCGUCUCUCUUAACAACUAACGGACUCCUCCUCCUUUUGUCUCGAGUUUCUGAGCGAAACCCUAAAUUUACUUGAAAGGGCUCUCGUAAGUCUAGUAUAGCUUGCAGGUAACUUUUAAGAAGGAGACAAGAUGAGAUUGGUCAAGUGUUGGUUCUGCUCUUCUACGAUAUAUCCAGGACAUGGUAUUCAGUUUGUCCGCAACGAUGCUAAGAUUUUUCGGUUCUGUAGGUCUAAAUGCCACAAGAACUUCAAGAUGAAGAGGAACCCUCGUAAAGUGAAGUGGACUAAAGCCUACAGAGCUGCACACGGAAAGGACAUGACUCAGGAUAAAACAUUUGAGUUUGAGAAGAAGAGAAACAGACCUGAGAGAUAUGAUAGGAACGUUACAGAGGAUACUCUCAAGGCCAUUAAGAAGAUUGAUAAGAUCAGAAGUUCAAGAGAAGCUGAUCACAUCAAUAAGAGGUUGAAGCCAAACAAACAGAAGAUAUUCAAGAGUGAAGUCAAGGAGAUAGAUCAGCACAUUAGUUUGAUCAAAGCACCAGGUUCUCACCAACAAGAUUCAGAGAAGAUGAAAGUUUCGGUCUCCACAAACAAGUCUGUUCAGAACGAAGCCAUGGAAGAGUGAUUCUGUGGAAACUCUUCAAAAAAUAUCACUUCAGUCUGAUGCUUAUGUCGUCGCCCUUUCAAGAAAAAAGGAGAGUUUUAGAUUGUUUUCAUUUGCAAUGUAUUAUUGUUUAUUACCUGGAACGUCAUUUUUAUUUAUUCCGAUUUUGUGCUUUUUUUUUUGUUUCUUGGUCUUUUUGUUUGUUGCCAAGAAAAAGAAGAUAAAAUCAUUGUUAGAAAAAAAAAAAGAGUGAUUCAAUCAAUGUAUUUAUAUAGUCACA